CCAGAUUCUGUUUCUUCUGUACCUGAUUUCUUCCUUUGCUCCCCACACAGACUGAGCCUCACUUGGCGAGAGCCUCGAGGCCGAUGGCCGUCCCCGCGGGGCUGGUCCUGGGCCUCUACGCCGUGAUGACUCUCCUGAGCCCCCCGGGAGCAGGGGCCAUCAAAGCGGACCACAUGGGCUCCUACGGACCAGCCUUCUACCAGUCUUACGAUGCCUCGGGCCAGUUCACCCACGAAUUUGAUGGGGAGCAGCUGUUCUCCGUGGACCUGAAGACCAGGGAGGUGGUGUGGCGUCUGCCUGAGUUUGGCGACCUCGCGCGCUUUGACCUGCAGACCGGGCUGAUCAGCAUCGCAAUGAUCAGAGCCCACCUGGGCGUCCUGGUGGAGCGCUCCAACGGCACCAAAGCCACCAGCGUGCCUCCCAGAGUGACCGUGCUCCCCAAGUCUCGAGUGGAGCUGGGCAAACCCAACGUUCUCAUCUGCAUCGUGGACAACAUCUUCCCCCCCGUGAUCAGUGUCACCUGGCUGCGCAACGGUCAACCCGUCACGGAGGGCGUGUUCCAGACCAGUUUCUAUCCCCAGCCCGAUCACUUGUUCCGCAAGUUCCACUACCUGACCUUUGUGCCCUCGGCGGCCGACGUCUACGACUGCAAGGUGGAGCACUGGGGCCUGGACGAGCCGCUCCUCACGCACUGGGAGCCCCCGCUGGCCGCCCCGCUGCCAGGCACCACAGAGACCCUGGUCUUCGCCCUGGGCCUGGCCAUCGGCCUGGCGGCCUUCGUGGUGGGCACCGUCCUCAUCAUCACAGGCGCGUGCGUGUCCGGUGCCCCCAGGUGCAGAGGCCCGGGAGUUUGGACCGCGCGGAGCAGGCUGGGGCGGGAAGGGUGACAGAGGGAAUGGCUCUUCUGAGAGGAGCAGACAGCGGAGGCGCCUUCUGGAGUCCGAGGUUCUGACAGCCUGGGCCUCAGAGCCACAGUCCACUGAGUUCUUCCCUGCCCUGCUGAUCUGAGUGGCAUCAGCCUCUGUCCUAUAGGUGCCCCUCUGUGGCCACAGUGCUUCUGGUCGGAUCUGUGGGAGUCACCAGCUCAGCCUUCUUUCCGCAACGCACACGCGCGCGCGCACACACACACACAUACUCUCUCUCUCUCUCUCUCUCCUACUCUUGCUUUACCCAAAGCCUUGACGAAGAGCUCUAAAUUCUUUUGUGGUGUCUGCACGGUGUCCUUUAACCAGAUCUUGGCCAGUUCUUCCAGGUGUGAGGGAUGCUCAACCUGAAGCGGGGUCUUGGUGAGGACCACAGAGGUGACCACACUUGGCUGCCAUCCGCAGGCCAGUCCUGCUGUGCCUUGCUUUGUUUGGCUUCUUGUGUGUUAAUCUGUCAAUGAGCCAUUUCCCAAAGAUUUCAUGAAAUUUGCCUCCUGAAUUCAGAUUUGUCCUGAAAGGUAUGCAGCAUAUCAUUCCUUGCAACUCCCUCAAGCAACCAUAGUUUGGAAAGGCAUGGGGAGAGGAAGGCUCCUGGGGACCCCACUUCUGUCUGGAUGAUAAGGCUAUGGUGUCCAGCCAUGAUCUAUAGUGUCUUCUCCUUUUUCCACAUUCCCUAGAGUCCCAUGCAUGACAAAGAGAAGUCCAAGACAUGGAUUAGAUGGCUACUUCCUCCUCAAUGGAGACAGUCAGACCAGGCAAGAGGAAAGCAGAGCAGAUCUGCAAGGUAUCUAGCAAGAAAGGAGGUCUAAGAGAGAUCCACCUGACCGCUCUGUAACUGUGUGGCCUGGAUGGUUUUAACAGAACCAAAUGAAAAAUACACUAUUGUAGCAGACACCUCUGCCCAGUAUUAGCAGGCUAGAGCGGCACAAGCUCCCCUCCCGCCAGAGUUCAGCUGUGUUACAUGGGAAGUAGCAGGGCUCAGCUGAGUUCAUUUCUAACCAAGGUCAACUGACUCCAACUGAAUUCUUUUUCUCUGAAUUAAACAUUUGUUCUCUUCAGCAAAGAUAUGUUAGUGCCCUCAUUCUAUGGUCCUGCGUAUGAUCCUUGUUCUCAGCAGGUGUCCAAGGCUUGCCCAGCUUCCCCUUCCCACGCUUGUAAUGAAUAAACACUGGAUUUCCUGGGGGUCCUUUGUCUUUGCUGCCCAGAGCAGCUUAGACCAGCCCAAGACUCAGCUUCUCUCAAGUCUCUGUGUCUUUAUUUCCCUCUUUCCUACCUUGUGGACAUCAUACUGGCUUGGAGAAGAUCAAGACCCAUGGCUGGGGUUUUCAAUAAUGUCUCUUAUACACUAUAACCAUAAACAACCACAUAAAGUAGUUUGUGUCAAGUACCACAUGAGUGACAUGCCUUGAUACCAGCUGAUCCUUUGCUUGAAACUUAAGUUCCUGUAUCAUUAGAAAAGUGUUUCUCUCAUCUGUGUCUUAGGGCUUAAUAAAGUCAUUUAAAGUGUUUUUCUCUGACCGAAA